GCGACACUUCACUGUUCGCCGGACAUCAUCUCCAUGGCUACCGCGUGACGUCAAAUGUAACAGCACGUCAGCAGGGCAGCCGACUCCGAGGAAAGGCUGUUGCCACACGAUACUCCAGACACAAGAGCUUUUCUCGGAGUAUUUGGGCGAGGCGUGUCACCACCGUGUGAUGUCCAAUGAGCUUUUUUAACGACAGACGGCCGGAGGGGUGGAUGGUGGGGGACAUCAAGCUGCUGUCGUGUCACCUGGGGGUCUCUGGGAACCAGCACCGAACUCUCAUCAUCGAAAACAACAAUCAGGCCGCACCCCAACCCAAAGCCCCUAUCAUCAAGAGCGUCUGUCAUCGAGAGGAAGGAUCCCUUGUCUGCGAACGCCAAGAGCCUCCGAAACCCACCAUCAUAGCUCCUCCCCGUUGUGUAGAAGAACCACCAGCCCUUAACAAGAACAACUGCUGGACGUCGGCGGGUAUCGCUCUACUACCUUGUUCCUGGGAAUCGCAAACCUUCGCCAUAGAAAGCUGUUACCAUUUGUCAGAAAUGGUCAUGGAGUCCGAAACGCAAGAAAACUCCGACACACAGGAAUUGUACCCAGAGACACCCAAUAGCCCUUGUGAUUGCCCUGAGGAGGAGACACGAACACUAAUCAUAGAGAAUGAAAAAACUGAACAGGAAGAGGAAGAGGAAGAAGAAGAGGCCUGCCCCUGUAAAUCUCGUGAUGAGCCAAAGACUGCCGAAGAAGGCGAAAAACCAGAGACUGCCGAAGAGAUAAGUGAAGCAGAGACAGUCGAAGAUGUCAGUGAGCCAGAGACAGUCGAAACAAUCGAAGAGAGCCAUGUACCAGAGGCAGUCGAAGAGAUCAGUGAACUAGAGGCCAUUGAAGAGAUCAGUGAACCAGAGGCUGUUGAAGAGAUCAGUGAACCUGAGGCUGUUGAAGAGAUCGGUGAACCUGCGGCUGUUGAAGAGAUCAGUGAACCUGAGGCUGUUGAAGAGAUCGGUGAACCUGCGGCUGUUGAAGAGAUCAGUGAACCUGAGGCUGUUGAAGAGAUCGGUGAACCUGCGGCUGUUGAAGAGAUCAGUGAACCUGAGGCUGUUGAAGAGAUCAGUGAACCUGAGGCUGUUGAAGAGAUCAGUGAACCAAAGCUAGAGACAGUUCCGGAAUACAAGGAACCAGAGCUGGAGAGACCUGACAAAUCCACACAGACCAUCAAGAAGCAAAUGGUAUCCAGGGGCACUUAUACAUGUCACUAAAAACCACUGACUCUUCUUCGCAGAAUACCGUGAAUCUGUGUCAUGGAAAACCGUGAACCGUUGCAACUACAAACCCUUGUCUCAAACAAUCAAGAAGCACACAUGAACAUGUGUUACACAGACCGAGGAUCUCGCUGUAGACAUCAAGCUCUUUUGUGCCAGCAAACCGAGAUCAUCUUCGUCGUACAAAAACCGCGAGCCGUUGUCGCUCAGUUACGAGUUACGAGUUACUAGUCAUGCCUCAAUUCGAAAAUUCUUCACCGUAAAGCCUGAACCCUUCGUUAGGGCGAAUCACGAAACCAUACCAGAGAGAAAAAAAAAACCGAUAACAUUUGGGCUAAACAAUAAACCGUCUAUUGUGGCAAACUACAAACCCACCUCAGUGAAAACCAUAAACGUUGUUAUCAUAGUUCCAUGUUCCUACAAUCCUCGAACACUCUGUUAUGGCGAACUACAAGCCCUCGUCAGAAAAAUCUAGAACCCCGGGGCCUCGUAAAUCAUUAUCAUAGCCUAACCAACUCAUCCAAAUGAACAUUCAAGCUGAAAACAGCCCUACAUCAGUGACUACCCCGCGGAUUACUGUACUCCACGGCAUCUGUGCCACCGUUUCCUAACUGUAGCCUUCGGAGUGAGCAAACAUCAUCGGUGUUUGAAACAACACUUUACAAAUACAGAGACAGGAAGCUUGUCCUUGAUUUUCUCAUGUUGCCUCGUGGCAACUAUUUAUGCUGGCGUCAUGAAUAUGGCCCCAGUGGUGUGGGUUUUCAGAAGUUAUCCCCACAACGAGGCUCGCAUAUUGCUAUGGUGACACCGACCAUUAUUUUAACCAACGACUGUGCUUCUCACAUUCUCCUCCAACGCUGGAAACAUUUUACAGGAACUGCAUGUGCAGCUCAUAUGGCCACUCAAACUUCUAUACUGCGUAAAGAAACAAGAACUUGAUAUCAAAGGGGAGGUAAUUAAUUUAUUACAGGCUGGAAAAAAAAGAUUUAAGGCCCAUUAUUAAACGACUGAAAACACUGAAAUUACAUGCAUUCGCAUGUCUGGAACAAUGUAACAAGCAGACAUCAGAUCUAAGCUUUUGAAAACGCUCACGCACGCACACAGCUAUUAUGCACAACCAUGCAAGGAUGCCAUAUGCAUUAAAUAAAUAAUGAUCUUUACAAAAAAAAAUAUUUUGUAACUAGGUAAAAAGAUGUGCAACCCUUAGUUUGAUGCAAGUCUGCAAUUUUGAAAAAUUGUAUUUUACCUCCUUUUAUAGCGAAAUUGUCAUAAGAGAAAACCUUAUAAAAAAAAACCCUACCUCAUCAGUGGAAACCAGACUGUAGUUUAUGAGAUUAUCCCUAACAUGUCUGCUGCUAAAGAGGUUUCUCUUUACAAGUUGUACAUGCAAAACAUUUUUAGACCUGUAGCAGGUGUGAGUGAUAAAUGGCAUAUUUAUCUGUCUUCAUAUUUGUUAUAUCUGUACCCUGACAUCUUUCUGAAAUGAAACUCACAGUAACACAAAUGUCAAUGUGAUGUACAGCAGCUUAUUCUGUAGCGAUGAGACGUUCUGUACACCAAGCACUCUGUAAGGACAUAAAAGGUGAUGCCGUCCUGCAAAUGCU